CGAUCCAUUUUCAAUUGCGAGACCACCCCCUAGGAAAACAUUGCUUAUCUGCUCAGACAAUAUCCAAAAUGGACGAUUUCGCGCAUAAUGAAUGUCUGGAAUGUCGAUUUUUACUUUAAUUUUCCCAGCGAAUUUGAUGACAUUUACAGACCGAAGGCACGAUGAUAAGUGCGAGCAUUGUAUCAUCAGCAGGUCAUGGACAAGGGAUCCAGACUUACACAUUAAACAGUUCCUCAGAUAUCAUGAGUGAUGGCAUCAGUGAACCAAGUUCACCAGAGAGUUCGUUUGACAGUUCUGAUCUACUGGGUGAUGAUGAAGUUUCAGUUCAGUUAGCAGCUGCAGGGACAGUAGGAUUAGCUGCAGCUGCAGCAAUUGCUAGUGGUAGAAAAAAGAAACGCCCUCAUUCUUUUGAAACUAACCCAUCUAUACGUAAACGACAACAAACAAGGCUGCUCAGGAAAUUAAAGCAGACCAUCGAAGAGUACACAACAAGAGUUGGUCAGCAGGCAGUGGUGCUAUGUUGUACACCAGGAAAAAUGUCAAACUCAAACAAUAACUAUAAAGUGUUUGGAUCACAACCUUUAGAAAGUGUGAUGAGGAAUUGUAAAUCCGUUAUUCUUCACGAUUUAGAGACAUCUUUAUCUGAGACGAUACCUCAUGCAGAACACCAAGGUGCUCAAGAACUACCGUCAUUAGCCAUUGAUGGUAUCCCUACUUCAGUAGAAAAGAUGACGCAGGCUCAGCUGAGGACUUUCAUACCUGAAAUGUUAAAAUAUUCAACAGGCAGAAGUAAACCUGGCUGGGGUAAAAUGGAAUGUCGUCCUGUAUGGUGGCCUGAUGAUGUUCCAUGGGCCAAUGUUAGAAGUGAUGUUAGAACAACUGAGCAGAAGAAAAAGGUUUCAUGGACAGAUGCUCUUAAAAGUAUUGUGAAGAACUGUUACAGACACCAUGGAAGAGAAGAUCUGUUACAUGUUUUCGAAACUGAAUCAAGCUAUCAAAGAACUAUGUUACAAACUAUAAACAAUCCUGAUGGCACAGUGUCUAUUAUUCAGAUAGAUACAUCACCCAAUCAAAUCGUGACACUUCCUGAUGGCACACAAGCUACGGUUGUCCAUGCAAUACAUCCUGGUGUACCUAAUCAGGAGGCCAGUCAAGCUGUACAAACCCUAGCCAACCCUAGUGGUGAUAAUUUGACACACAUGACCCCUGUCAGUGUAGAGAUGAACGCAGACUCAUUGGCACAAAGUAUAGCUACAAUAUCAGAAGAUGGACAAAUUAUUUUAACAGGGGAUAAUGCAUUGAAUGGCAUAGUUAUACCUGUUUCAAUGUAUCAACAACUGACCAAUCCUGUAACAGCAUUACAUUCAGGUACAGAUCUACAUGUUGCCAUGGCACCCAUGGGUGUUCCUAAAGAUGAUGAUAUUAAUGUGAUAGGAGAUAUUCAAAGUAUGGACAGUCAGUCACCAGAUGUGUUGGAACAUGUUGAACCUAAACUAGAAGAGACAUGAUAUAAAUGUACAAUAAAUAUUUAUUAUCUGUUUAUUCCUGUAUAUUUUAAUACAGUUGUAAUGGUAUGCUAUAGCUACAAAGUAUAUAAUUCAUCAGUAGUAUCUGGGAUUAGACACUUUUCCAGUAUGCCAUGAUAUAGAAUUUUGUGCCAAGGUAGCAUAAGGCAACCAUCAAUAAAUAUCUUACCGUAUUUGUAGAACUUUUUUUUUUGGUAAAUAAG